UGUGUUUUGAAACAUGACUUAAUUAUUUAUCAACCUGGUUAUCUCGGCAUUAUGUACAUGUUUCAUGGUUAAACAUCGUUUAAGGCAGGUACAUUAAUAGCACAAUUUGUCCUUGUUAUAGGAUGACUAACAAUAAAAGAUCUAAGGUCAGGUAUGGUGAUGGCAUGCCUAACUUUACAGGUGUCAAUGAAUGGACUCUAACGGACGCACUUAGCAUAUCCGUAGUCUCGUCUCUGUUUAUGACUUAACAUUUUGUCUUAAUCUUUUAGACAGACAACGGGUCAUAUAGUUUAGCUGUGGGAUUAUACUGCGUGCAUCUCUCUGUCGUUCUUGUCCAAUGAACUGUUGCUCGCCUCCGUAUCCCUUACAUUCCCCAUGUAGGAAUGAUACAACUUAUGAUGUUCUAUUGUUGCAGGAUAUAGAGAUGACCGACAUGGAGCCUGCAAGUUUGGAGAACUUGUGUGUCUUGUAUCACAGUGCAAAUUAUAUUGUUGUCAAUAAGCACUGGGACAUACGUAUCGACAGCAAAAUGUGGUAUGAAAAACAGACCGUCCAGAGUCAGCUGAAGCUUCGCUUCCCAGAUCUGGUCGACCCUGGGACGUACUAUGGUUUCAGAUUCUGCCACCAGUUGGAUUUCUCCACUAGUGGGGCAUUGUGUGUUGCCCUGAGUAAAGCAGCAGCUGGGAAUGCAUACAGAUGUUUCAAAGACCGGCUUGUAACAAAGGCAUACCUUGCACUGCUCAGAGGAACAGUCGAAAAGGAAACAAUGACACUGAACUUUGCUAUUGGCAAAAACAUUGCAGAGGGCAAGACCCACAUGAUGUGUAUUGAUGGUACAGAAGACUGUGAGAAUCCUAAGCCCAGUCAAACAGAGCUCAAAGUCCUUGAAUAUGGAACAUAUGAUGGAGAGCCAGUCACCAAAGUUCUACUUCAGCCUCUUACAGGACGCACUCACCAACUGAGAGUACACUGUAGCGCUGUUGGCCACCCCAUUGUGGGCGACUAUACCUACAGCUUGGGAAAGGACAAUAGCCCUUACCGGAUGAUGCUACAUGCCUAUAACUUACGUAUUCCCCUGCCCAAGGAGCCCAUCCAUGUGACAGCCCCUGACCCCUUCCUGCCGCACAUAGACACGAAAUGGGUUCCAGAGAGACUCAUGAAAACACUAGAGGGCGCACUAGAGCAUCUGCUUGACUGGUGCAAAGAGGAGGAGAGCAAACCCCCGGAUGAAACAUCACUAGUGGACGAGAAAAUAAGCAGUCCAGAAGAGACUGAGGAGCAGAGGGCCCAGUGUCAGCAGUGGCUGAGUGAGUGGUCUUUGGACUGAAACCCUAUAACUUACCUGUAUGUUCCUUCACAGCCCCUUUAGCUGUUAGCAUUCCUGUUAACCUUGCAGUGUUGAUGUGCACCCACUUGCAGAGGCAGGUUUGUCCAAACACACUGUGAUGUAAGAUGAUGGAUAGGUUCAGAGGGAGUAAUAUAAUGGAUUAAUGGACACAACUCUAUUCAUUAUAUUACCUGAUGUUGGAGAUUUUCAUAUACCAAUUACAGUUUAGAUGCCUUCACAUAGCCCUAAAGAGGUUUUACGAAAUACGAACAAUUGAAUUAGAGAGAGCAUCCUCUAAGUGACAUAUGUUUGUCCAUUACUGAUGCAGAACCAUACUAGCAUCUUAACUUACUAUCACCAUUUAGUGUCCUGCUGCUGUUCAGUAUCACAGUGUGUACCAGCAAAACCUUACCUCUUAAACACACACACACGCAAUGAAGUAUGCCAUGCGUACAAGAUUUUGAAAUGAAACUCUUCAUUGUAUGAAUGAGCUGUUGUAUGAGCUUACUGCUCUUUUAAGUAUUGUUUGUACUUGUACUGUAUGUGUUUUACUAAUAUUUGCAGUUAUGCACUUUUUAAGUAUGUCAAAGGAUGGCCUCUCAUUGAAUUUGUUUCAUGGAAAUGUCUACAUUUUACAUUUUAAUUUUAUGUUAACUAAACUUAUACACAGGUGACAUGCAGAUGCAUGCUGUAUUUUAUCUUGAAAGGCAGCAGCUCAACAGAAUGUUUACGUGUCCUUUUCUGGAAACUUUGUGGGAUUCUGUAGUUAUCUAAAAUGUGCUGUUGCUUUAGCCACAUGACCCAUUGCAUAAAAUGACUAUUGUCUCUCUCUUGUGUUAAUGUUGCAUUCACUACGCAUAAUAAAAGUAAGGAUCAUAAAAAUGCAAUCAGAAUAGUUGUAUGUAGGCCAGUAUGCUGGUUGGAUGGAUAUUAAUUCAUCUUGAAUGCUGAUGAUGGCACGUAUUUUAGCUGUUGCAGAAGGCUGUAAUUAAACAUGCACCAGACUUCUCAAAAUCCUGAAUAAAACACUGAAACACUAACAGUU